CCGCUACACUACCUUUCUCUCCUUCUCCGCCAACCCUCACCCCUUUUCUGCCCUCUUGUCUGCGUGUUUAGAUGCUGAGCUCCGUGCUGUUUGCCGCCGUGGGCGUGUUGGGGGCAGGUUACUCCGUCGUCGUGUCUUCUGUGGCCCUCAACCAAGGACCCAAGUGUGUGAACGGCACACAGCUGACCUACCCUUUCUCAGACGGUGAUUACCUUGCCGACCAUACUCUCUGGGAGAAGUGUCUGGAGCCGGCCGGUGUGGUGUCUUGGCACAUCUCUCUGUUCGCCGUGCUUCUGACUAUGGGCCUCAUCCAGGUGGCGCUGUGCGCUUUCCAGGUGGUGAACGGCCUGCUGGGAGCCAUCUGCGGAGACUGCUGCGGCUGCAACGGAGGGAGCGACGGGACCGUCUGAGCAGCCCCCCCCCCCCCCCGCCGCUGGGAACCUCGAGGCACCACGGCGCCCACCUGUGCUGGCUGCGGUCGAAAGGCUUAGCGGUAUCAACCUGCCGUUGACUCCUUGUUCUGUUACUGUCCGACUACACUACCAUUAGAGAUGUGACAGCUGUAAUUUAAAGGGUAACCUACUUGUUCUGUGCCAGUCUCCUCACACGACUCUGUCCGCUUUGUUGUUGUUUUUUUGUGUAGAAUUAUCGUGUCGUCCUCUUGCCAGACAACACUCAGUAGAAGCUCCAGUUUGUGAAGGCUUUGUCUCUGUCCUGCCACGCACACCCACGAUUUGACCUUUGUGACGUUUAUUGGCAGCUGUCAGUGUGUACUCGUUAAUGCCACCUGGGGGUACAUGGCUUUGUUCCGCAAUCUUACAUCACACCUCUUCACAUGAUGCGAGCUCUUCUCCGGCGACCUCUCUCUAAUAGGCGGGUUUCCGUGCGACGUCAUCACAGAGAUGCGUGCGCAGCUAGGGGGCAGAAAGCAGCGGCAGCGCAGAGAUUUGAACCAGGACAGAGCUCACAUGCAGCAGAGGUGACGCGCAGUUGUCGCGCAAUAAACUACGCAAACCCGCCAAAAGGACGGGGUGGGAAACGGCCAACGUUUUCAUCGUUGAGCCGCCAAAGCAGUUUUGCCCCCCUGGCUGCGCACGCACCCGGUAAUGUUCCUAAACAGGAAACCCGCCUAUGUGCGCUUUGGACGUGUCCAAGAAGCGCCUUCAGCCUGGCUCCUACUAAAGACUGCCCCCUGGUGGACACCUGACCGCACUGCGUUUCUUCAGUUUGAAUCUGGGGAGGAGAAGGGCGCGCGCCGGGAGAGUGCUGCACCUCCCUGCACACACACACACUUAUAUCUCACAUCCAGCGGUGUGUCUCGGCUCCUUUCUAGCAUUUAGCAUGGAGUGCUGAAACAACGUGUUUAUUUCCCAUGUCUGUUGCUCUGCUAACGCCUCUGUUUUUAUCCCCCCCCCCUUAUUUCCACGUAAACCUGGGCCGCAACUUCCAGAUGUUUUGUUCUCUGUAUAAACAUGAAUCCCUGCAUCGCAAAGUCACCCGAUGUUUAGUUUAUGAUAGCCUGACCUGCUCCUCAAUUAUUAUUUUUUUUAAACAAUUGUAUUUUUCUCUUGUUUAUAUUUUGAGUACAAUAUAAUACCUAUUUCCAGUUUAAAUCUCUGGUUUUCUUUACAGCAAAUUCUCAUAAAGUUUCAUAAAGAAUC